CACUGUCCCUGCACACCCUCCUUAGGCAAUAAACUUGGCAGAGACAACAACGUUUCCUAACCAGAUACUACUGCAGCCUACGUGCAAUGCUAACAAAGAUGGAUGGAGGUCCCAUCAACCCUUCCACUCUCCCAAUCCCAGUUCAGCUAUCACCAGAUGGAUGCACGUCUUAUGACUCUGAAUCAGGAAGUUCAGCCUGUGCCCAAGAUCUUUGUCAAAGUAUGCCACUACUGGAGAGGCUGGAAGCCCAGGUUCCAAGCCUCACAAUGGAAAUCGAUGCUGCUGCUGAAAAGUGUGACAAAACACAAAAGUCAACAGGCAAAUGUUGCCAGCAAGUGUUGAGAGCCCUGAGUUGUGUCACGGGAGAUAUGAAGGUGUUUGGAGACUGGCUAAAAGAGAAGCCUGUGGCCCUCCAAUUUGUUGACUGGCUUCUGCGCGGAAUCUCUCAAGUGAUGUUUGUGAACAAUCCUCUCAGUGGCCUCAUCCUGCUCAUUGGAUUCCUGGUCCAGAGUCCUUGGCUGACACUCAUGUGUUGCAUUGGAGGGAUUGUCUCAACUUUAACGGCAGUUAUUCUAAGUCAGGAGAGGUCUUCCGUUGCUGCUGGACUGCACGGCUACAACGGUGUCCUUGUAGGGAUGCUGAUGGCCGUCUUCUUAGACAAGGGUGAAUAUUACUGGUGGCUUCUACUUCCUGUUAUGCUCAUGUCUAUGACCUGCCCUAUCUUUACCAGCGCUUUAGCCUCGCUCUUCAGCAAAUGGGACCUUCCCGUUUUCACGCUGCCUUUCAAUUUGGCCCUGAGCCUGUUUCUUGGGGCCACCGGUCACUAUAAUCCUUUCUUCCCUACGACGCUGAUAGAACCGACCACCUUUUUGCCCAACAACUCUUGGUCUGACGUUCAAGUGACUAUGCUCCUCAGGUCUAUCCCAGUAGGAAUCGGGCAGGUCUACGGUUGCGAUAACCCUUGGACUGGUGGCAUCGUCAUGUUGGCUCUUUUCCUGUCGUCCCCUCUCAUCUUCAGCCAUGCUGUGAUUGGCUCAGCGGUUGGAGUACCUGCAGCUCUGAGCCUGGCUUCCCCUUUGAACAAAAUGUAUGCCGGGUUGUGGAACUACAACAGCUGCCUCUCCUGCAUUGCCAUCGGCGGGAUGUUCUACGCCCUCACCUGGCAGACAUUUGUGUUGGCAGUCACGUGCGCUUUCUUUACCGCCUACGUGGGAGAAGCGAUGAGCCGUAUUUUUUCCGUGUUUGGGCUUCCAGUCGGGACCUGGCCCUUCUGCUUAUCUUCACUCACCUUCCUGCUCUUAACCAUCAACAACGAGGCCAUCUUCAAGCUGCCUCUUUCCAAAGUCACCUAUCCCGAAGCCAAUCGGGCAUAUUACAUGGCGAGGAAGAAGCUGUGCCCUGAAUCCAUUUGUGACAAAGUGUAAAUGAACCAAAUCCAAAAAUCUGUCUUGCAACUAGUUUUCCCAAGGAAGGAUGGAACAAAGACUGAGUUUUCAGUGGACAAUCUUCUUCUUCUUCUUCUUCUUCUUCUUCUUCUUCUUCUUCUUCUUCUUCUUCUUCUUCUUCUUCUUCUUCUUCUUCUUCUUCUUCUUCUUCUUCUUC